AUGGCGUCUCCUAUCGCCGCCGAACACCCUCCCAUUCCUUCCCCUCCACCAGCCUACCUCCGAACAAACGCCCACCAUUUCACCUUCUCCAGACGCCACUCCCCGCACGAUCCCGUCGCAUCUCCAGAGCGCACAAGUCACCCGCAGACCUCUCUCGUUCGAAUUGACCGCGGGUACAAGAACAUUCCCCAGUCUUCCUCCGUCCAGAUCGAGGACUUUCAAAAUGUGCCCGCACCACCACCUAUUCAAAUUCCCCAGUUUGCCGAUUUGUCCAUCAAUGAGUCGAGGCCACUGUCCCGGAAUGCAGAACACACCUCGCCAGCGUCACAAAAGCCGAUCUCAGUCCCACAGCUGGCAACACCGCAGUAUCACACUCAUACCCCAGGCAGCAGCGGGUCAUGGUCGAUUGUGGACAGUCAGCUGAAGCAGGCCGGUCAAGGAACCGGCAAGAGCGAGGUCACUCCCGAGAAGCACAGUCCUACCGAUUCCUCCCGGGGGAGCUUGGAAAGCGAGACCCAAGAUUCGGGAGAUUAUCAGCCCCUGGCAUACCACCAUCAAAUACAGGAGCAACCACGUAAGCCACCCAACGUGCGGCAUUCCACUCUGGGCAUCAAUCUAGGUGACCCGAACACUGGGUCAUCGAGCAAUCUGUCCGUGAACGGGACUCGCAAUGGACAACGCAAUUCCCAAUACUCUACGACGUCAGAAUCGGGCGUCGGACAGCAUCGCCGCAAUCUCUCUGCAUCACCAUAUCUACAACCCCGGGUCACGUCACGACAUUCGACGGCCUCGCCCGCUACCCGUCCGCUCUCCGUGUUGGACCUGCUUCAUACCUCCUAUCCUCAACCGGGCCCUCAUGCUGCCCAAUUCGACCACUCUCACCUCGAGACCUCUGUGGGAAAUCACGCCUCCCUCUUGAGUCACAAAGAGACGUUUGAGAUGUAUCUGGCUAAUGUCAAAAAGACCGAUGUGCCCGCCGUGCAGUACGAGUUUGCCGUAUUCAUGAUCAAUUCGAUGCGCGAGAUGCCCAGCGUGGAUCUGGAAGAUUCAAAUUCCAUUACUCGACAACGCCUGCUGCGCGAGUCCAAGUCCAUCCUGCAGCGCCUGGCGGACCGAAGCUACCCCUUUGCGCAGUACUAUCUUGCAGACGGAUAUGCGUCUGGCCUCUUUAGUAAGGGCAAAGAGGAUUAUGAACGCGCAUUCCCUAACUUUCUGGCUGCCAGCAAGCACGGCCACGUCGAGGCAUGCUACCGUACCGCUUUGUGCUAUGAAUUCGGUUGGGGCGUGCGCAUAGAUGGUGGUCGCGCGGUUCAAUUCUAUCGCCAAGCCGCCUCAAAAAAUCACCCCGGCGCCAUGCUGCGCAUGGCGAAGGCUUGCUUGAAUGGGGACAUGGGACUGGGUAAGCGUUAUCGUGACGGCCUCACUUGGUUGAAGCGCGCAGCAGAAUCCUCCGAUGCGCAAUAUAAUUCGGCCCCUUACGAGCUUGGCUUGCUGCAUGAAAAUGGCGACGGAAAUGACGUCUUCAAGGAUGAAUCGUAUGCUGCACAGCUCUUCACCAAGUCGGCCGAGUUGGGCCAUAUCGAGGCUGCGUACCGCAUGGGCGACGCGUACGAGCACGGAAAACUGAACUGUCCACGAGACCCCGCGCUCAGCAUUCAUUUCUAUACCACAGCCGCUCAAAGUGGGCAACAUGCUCUCGCGAUGAUGGCCUUGUGUGCCUGGUAUCUCGUGGGUGCCGAGCCAAUUCUCGAAAAGGAUGAAAAUGAGGCAUACGAAUGGGCGACACGAGCUGCUGCUCUUGGCCUGAUUAAAGCGCAAUAUGCCGUGGGCUACUUUACCGAAAUGGGCAUCGGCUGCCGACGUGAUCCGCUCGAGGCCAACGUCUGGUACGUUCGAGCAGCGGAGCAAGGUGAUGAGCGCGCGCGAAGCAACGGAUUGCUGCCAUUCGAGCCGCCGCGGAUGGGGCAAAUCCCGCCACAUCAGCGCGUGGAGGGGCCCUGUCUCGGAAAGGCGGCGCAAACAGUCAUGGUCAGUUGCGCCGGAUUGGCCCCCUGUCGCUGUAUUCCCAAUGUAGCGCACCCAAAGGCUAACGCAAUUUUGAUCACAGACAAAACCAAACAAAAGCGCUUCGUCAUCUUUUGA